AUGGACCCUGGCCUCACCUCUCUUUCUCUCCACAGAGUAUUCAAGAAGGCCAGCCCGAAUGGAAAGCUCACCGUGUACCUGGGAAAACGGGACUUUGUGGAUCACAUCGACCUUGUGGACCCUGUGGAUGGUGUGGUGCUGGUGGAUCCUGAGUAUCUCAAAGAGAGGAGAGUCUACGUGACACUGACCUGCGCCUUCCGCUAUGGCCGGGAGGACCUGGAUGUCCUGGGCCUGACCUUUCGCAAGGACCUCUUCGUGGCCAACGUGCAGUCCUUCCCACCAGCUCCCGAGGACAAGAAGCCCCUGACGCGGCUGCAGGAGCGCCUCAUCAAGAAGCUGGGCGAGCAUGCCUACCCUUUCACCUUUGAGAUUCCUCCAAACCUCCCAUGCUCUGUGACACUGCAGCCAGGGCCUGAAGACACAGGGAAGGCCUGUGGUGUGGACUAUGAAGUCAAAGCCUUCUGUGCGGAGAACCUGGAGGAGAAGAUUCACAAGCGGAAUUCUGUGCGUCUGGUCAUCCGGAAGGUUCAGUAUGCCCCAGAGAGGCCUGGCCCCCAGCCCACAGCUGAGACCACCAGGCAGUUCCUCAUGUCGGACAAGCCCUUGCACCUAGAGGCCUCCCUGGAUAAGGAGAUCUAUUACCACGGAGAACCCAUCAGCGUCAACGUUCACGUCACCAACAAUACCAACAAGACAGUGAAGAAGAUCAAGAUCUCAGUGCGCCAGUAUGCGGACAUCUGCCUUUUCAACACAGCUCAAUACAAGUGCCCUGUGGCCAUGGAAGAGGCUGAUGACACGGUGGCACCCAGCUCCACAUUCUGCAAGGUCUACACGCUGACUCCCUUCCUGGCCAACAACCGAGAGAAGCGGGGUCUCGCCCUGGAUGGGAAACUCAAGCAUGAAGACACGAACUUGGCCUCCAGCACCCUCCUGAGGGAAGGAGCCAACCGCGAGAUCCUGGGGAUCAUUGUGUCCUACAAAGUGAAAGUGAAGCUGGUGGUGUCUCGGGGCGGGCUGCUGGGAGAUCUUGCAUCCAGUGACGUGGCUGUGGAACUGCCAUUCACCCUAAUGCACCCCAAGCCCAAAGAGGAACCCCCACAUCGGGAAGUUCCAGAGAACGAAGCGCCAGUAGAUACCAAUCUCAUAGAACUUGACACAAAUGAUGACGACAUUGUAUUUGAGGACUUUGCCCGCCAGAGACUGAAAGGCAUGAAGGAUGACAAGGAGGACGAGGAGGAUGUUUCUACCAGGGGGCCCCAGAGGUCUUCUUCCAGGUCACGAUGACGGACCUCUGUCCUCAGGAUUGGCCCCACAUGACCAUGCCAACAGGACCACAAAGCACCACCUUCACCCCACCUCUGCAGUCACCUCUCAACUCCCCUCCUUUUCAUGCUGACUCCCAGAAAGGCCACCAUGGCUCUGGCCUUGGAAUUUGACAUGAUAAUGGGGAGCAAACAGGGGAGGAUGGGGUAUGGGGCUUGGCGGGUGGGGAUGCGAGCUCAAGACACAUGAGAAAUGUCCGUAGUCCCAAGUGAUUAACACAGUCUGGCAGCUAAAAGAUGACUGCAUCGAAGGCCACCUCCUUCUAGCUGGGAGGGGUAGACUUGUGGAUAGAUUCUGAAUGCCUUUUUGCAGUUUGGACCCACCAAAGACCUCUCCCCUUCCACUCUCAUCCCCGCCCAUGUCCCUCUAUGUCUGGUAGUGACAUUGGUGAAGGUUCGUUCAUAGACUCCGGGAAUAGAGAAAAGCAACUGGACCGACUUUCUUACCAGCAGUUACCUAGACUAAGACAAGCUGUGUGAACUAGCCCAGGUAUAUUUCAGUAUUGUCA